CAUCAUACACGGGUGACAUAAGCUACGAUAUACGCGGGCGAAGUCGUAGGAAAACAGUUAGUAAAAGUUAUUCGUAUUCUUCUGUUUCAGUUUUUAAUACGAGAUGGCGCUAAAUAUAGUCAGCAGAAUUUUCCUACUGCUGGCAGCUGCACACUAUGGCAAAGCAGUGGACUUAUUUAGAAGCCCAAGACAAGCGCCUGGCAGUAUCUUCACAGUUGGCAACGGAGAACCAUGUCUGGGCUCAGACAGGUCCACCGGCGGUGUGUGUCUGUCCAGGAACCAGUGCAACACGCAAGGAGGAAAAGCUAUCGGCUUUUGUGGAGUGUUCGCUACGUGUUGCUCCCCUACCUGGCGACCGAGGGGGCUACGUGGGAUUUUUUGCCGGAGAACUAGUCCACCCAAUUUAUUUUAGUCACUAUAAGCCUCACAGAAAUCUUCUCAUUGAUAAAGGAAUAGCCGGGACUCUUAUUCCUGAUUCUAGACAAGAAGUUAAUGCUUGUGAUGUGAGAACUAACACCAAAGUAGCUGUGUUCAUUAACCCACCAUUGAAUAAGGAGUCAUCUGGCCUGGAAUGCUCCUACAACGUGGAAAUCAAUAACAACAAUGUAUGCCAAAUGAGGAUUGAUUUUGAAACAUUCAAUCUUGCACCGCCGACUACGGUCGAUCCGGUUGAGAACGUGACGCAGCGUCCUGGCUUCACCUGCAGGAACGAUAUCUUCCAAGUGACCAAUCUCCAAGCUAACUCUGACUAUCUUCCAGCUCUCUGUGGUGACAACAAUGGACAACAUUUGUAUGUUCGCGUCAACGCUUCAACCAACAGUCGGUCUAUCAGGAUCAACUUUAAGAUAGCGGAUCGCAACACACAGCCAAAUCUGCCACAAGCCACGUGGAAGAUCAAAGUAACACAAUUGGAGUGCUUCAACACAUUGGGUAAAUAUCGAGAUGGUCUCUUCGAAGCAAUUACUUCAUCACUUCCGAGCACCCCACUUACGACUUCUGCAGAUAGAGAUGAAUAUCUAAUUGCUCCUCCUGGCUGCCUCCAGUUUUAUCCGGAUCGAGCUGGUGCAUUCGAGUCUUUCAACUAUAAUCGAGGUGCUGGACCUUAUAUAGCCAACUUGGCUUACGCUACCUGCUUCAAAAGAACGCCUGACGUCUGUGGUAUUAAGCUUACCUCGGCCAGUUUCGAAAUGGCGUACCGACUAGAGGAGAACUUGUAUCUCGACACGGACUGUCAGAUCAACCCUGUGACGCAGGGCGCGGCACAAUCUGAAGACUAUUUGUUCAUACCAGAAGCGGAAACUACAGACGGACUUAGAGGAUCCAAGUUCUGUGGCAGCAGUGCUGCUAACCAAAUCAUAGCUUCGACACCACCGGGACCCCUGUACGUGCACUUCCACAGUGAUAAUUUAGUGACAGAUGACAUCACAGAAUCAGGAUACAGAUUUAAUUACAAUGUCCUCAACAAUUGCUACCUAAAAAAAUAAUAAACAACUAAGUUGUAAAUUCCUUGGCCAUAAUAAAAACGAAAAAAAGACAUUUAUGAUUAAAAGUUUGAAUUGAAAUUUUCUCCUUUUAUAUAUUGAAUGCUCUGUAUGGCUUUUGUUAUUUUUUGUUUUCAUAAUUUAGUUGACUAAGUCGUGGGGUUAUUUUAUCACAGUAUUUAAGUAAUGUUUGGUUGACCACAAUAUGUGUUAUAGUAAAAUAAGUCCAGUUGCAUUUAUAGUUUUAAGUAAUUUAAGUGCCAAU